UUUUUUUGUAACUACGCAGUGGUAACCUCACAUCGCCAUGGCAAGCCGAAAAACUUCGCACCCAAACCGGGACAGGGGGGACAAAUAUUCAGUAUUAUUACCUACCUACAACGAAAGGGAAAACUUACCUUUGAUAGUUUGGCUUUUGGUGAAAUAUUUCGGUGAAAGUGGAUAUAACUACGAGAUAAUUGUCAUUGACGACGGAAGCCCAGAUGGCACACUGGAGGUGGCAGAGCAGUUGCAAAAGAUUUAUGGAGAGGACAAGAUUCUUCUACGACCUAGAGCAAAAAAAUUAGGCCUUGGCACCGCCUACAUCCAUGGCAUGAAGCAUGCAACUGGGAACUUCAUCAUCAUAAUGGAUGCAGAUCUUUCCCAUCAUCCCAAAUUUAUCCCAGAAUUUAUUGAAAAGCAGAAGGAGGGGAAUUACGACUUGGUGUCUGGUACUCGAUACCAAGGCAACGGAGGUGUAUAUGGCUGGGACUUGCGCAGGAAACUCAUCAGUCGGGGAGCCAACUUUUUGACUCAAGUGUUGUUGAGACCUGGUGCUUCAGACCUCACAGGUAGCUUCAGGCUGUACAAGAAGAAGGUGUUGGAGAGUCUGGUUGAGCGGUGUGUGUCCAAAGGGUAUGUCUUUCAGAUGGAGAUGAUUGUUCGCGCCAGACAGCUCAACUACACAGUCGGAGAGGUACCCAUUUCCUUUGUGGAUCGAGUUUAUGGAGAGUCCAAACUGGGAGGGAAUGAGAUUGUGUCAUUCGUGAAAGGACUGCUCACACUCUUCGCCACAACAUGAUGAGUGAUGGACUGCGUUUGGACAUCCCGCUGUCAUAGAGUGUUCCUCUCACUCUUAAAGUCGCUGUCUUACAUACUGUACAGUAGUUAUAUCAGAAUUGUAAUGAGUGGAAAAAAGCUCCACUUGCCUAUGGUCGGACAGUGACAUGACGGCAAAUGACAAGGGAGACAUCUCUCUCCCCUCUUAGCAGUAAAUAUAUAAUAAUUCCCUGUCAGUAGCCGUCCAGAAUACUGAAGGAACAUAGUGCUUUACGUUGCCAUCAUCCUCUGCAAUGAAUUGUGAACAAAGCACACCGUGUCUCGUCAUUCCCUAUCCAGACAGCUAACUGAACUCUGCAUUAACACUAUGGUGAGAAGGGUUUACAGUUACCUGCUACACCUGUGAUUGUUUGUAUAAAAUUAAACAGUUUGCAUUGUU